GCGAAUCAACAGCAUCUUUAUUUGCUCCGAAAUAUUUGUUCCUAGUAGUUCCUAGUUGGCGAAGGCGAACCACCUCUUGAGCAAAUGAAGCAGACCGUCGUCCUGUACCCAGUCGCCGCCGUUGGCCACGUCGUGCCCAUGGCGGAGCUCGCCAAGGUCUUCCUCAGCCACGGCUUCAUCGUCACCAUGGUGAUUGCCCCGCCACCCCUCGAGUCGUCCGACCCGGACGCCAGCCAAAUCGAGCAGAUCGCCGCGGCCAAUCCAUCCAUCUCCUUCCAUGUCCUCCCGCCGAUAAUCCCGGCCCACGAUGACUUCGCCGGCUCCCCCAAGGACCCGAUCCUCCUCGUCCUGGAGAUGCCGCGCCAGUACAAGGACAAGCUCGAGAGCUUCCUCCGCUCCAUCCCGCGCCAGCGCUUGCACUCGCUGGUCAUCGACGUGUUCUGCGCCGACGCCAUCGACGUCGCCGCGAAGCUGGGCGUCCCGGUCUACACGUUCUUCCCCAUGGGCGCGUCAUCCCUGGCCGUCGUAACCCAGCUCCCGACGCUGUUGGCCGGCCGGCAGACGGGCUUGGAGGAGCUGGGGGACACGCCCCUCGAGUUCCUUGGCGUUCCGCCAAUGCCGGCGUCCCACCUAAUGGCGGAACUGCUCGGGCACCCGGAGGAAGAGCUGUACGAGACCAUGGCGAGCAUCUUUGAGCGCGGCACGGACAGCAGGGGGGUUCUGGUGAACACAUUAGAAUCUUUGGAGAGUCGAGCGGUGCAUGCACUCAGGGAUCCCCUGUGUGUACCUGGCAAGGUGCUGCCUCCAGUAUACUGCGUUGGGCCACUAGUCAGGGGCAGCCAAAGGAAUGGUGAGAAAACAGAGAGGCGGCAUGAGUGCCUCACCUGGCUCGAUGCUCAGCCAGAGCGCAGCGUCGUGUUUCUCUGCUUCGGGAGCACGGGUACAUUCUCCGCCGACCAGAUCAAGGAGAUCGCCAUUGGCCUGGACAAGUCCGGGCAACGGUUCCUAUGGGUCGUGCAGGCUCCAGGCAACGUGAAUGAUUCGAAGAGUUUAUUGGAGAAGCCAUGUGAGCCGGACCUCGAUGCCAUCCUACCGGAGGGUUUCUUGGAGCGAACCAAGGAUCGAGGGCUUGUCGUCAAGUCAUGGGCACCGCAGGUGGAUGUACUGAACAACCCAGCUACAGGCGCAUUCGUGACCCACUGUGGAUGGAACUCGACAAUGGAGGGCGUCAUGGCGGGGGUCCCAAUGUUGUGCUGGCCAUUGUAUGCGGAGCAGAAGAUGAACAAGGUAUUCAUGACAGAGGAUAUGGGCGUUGCAGCGGAGAUGGAGGGGCAUAGGACGGGUUUUAUCAAGGCCGAAGAGGUGGAGACCAAAAUAAGGUUGGUGAUGGAGUCUAAGGAGGGGAGGGAGCUCCAGGCACGAGUGGUGGCACGCAAGAAAGAAGCAGAGGCAGCAUUAGAGGUAGGAGGCUCGUCGCACGCGGCCUUUGUUCAGUUCUUGUCGAACGUGAAGAGCCUUGGAGAGCAGCUCGUCCAGUAAUGGAUUGGUAACUUAUUUUUGGUUUUUUUUGUUACAUUUUGUCUUCUAAUAUUCUAUCAUUUUUUAUGCCAUCCUUUCAUUGUUUGAUCAGCCAUAUUGUGUACCUUCUACGAACAGAAUAUCAGCUACAAUAAAAAAUGAAUUAAGAAGAUUUUAUUUAUUGGUUGG